GGGAUGAAAGCCUACCCUCAGCGUUGCAUUCAACUUGGAUGGACUUGAGAAACAGUUUGGCAAGCAUUUCUCGGAUCUCAUUUCCUCGCUUGGUACUUCGUUCUAAUGUGGCUACAGGAGUUCACGGAUUCUGCGAUGCCGGCUUAGAAGCAUAUGGCGCUUGCGUAUAUGUCAAGUCCAGGGAAGCCCAGUCUUUCAGCCACGUUUUGUGCUCAAAGUCGCGAGUGGCGCCAGUAAGGACAAUAUCGAUUCCUUAGCCGAAAUUAAGUGGAGCCCACUUUGCUUGCGAAAUUUCAAGUUUUCGUGGCAAAUGGAGUGGCAUCAAUUCAUGAGUUGACGGCAGCCAUGGAAUGGAGCUAUGUUCCCACAUCUUUAAAUCCUGCUGAUAUCUUCUCGAGAGGCUCGCUUCCCAGCCAUCUUAUCCAUUCAGAGCUAUGGUCUCAUAGCCCAUCUUUUUUGCUAGGCUCCAAGGAUAAGUGGCCAGUAUCUUCUGCUAACGACAUAGAAACUUUGGAUCUUCGCAAGAUAGUAUUGCUGAUCACGUCUCCACAGGCCGAUCUCACGUCCGGAUGCAUAUUUGCAAAUUCGUUCUUUCGCCUGAAGCGCACAUUCACCUACAUGCAUAAAUUUAUACAUCGUCUUAGGCAUCCAGGACUCACCGUUUCUGAUAUUUGGCAAGGAACGAAUCUUCUGAUUCGACACAUUCAGCUGGCAAAUUUGUGGAUGGACAUAAAGGAGAUUCGGCGCAAUGAACUCCAGUUCUAUUAGUUCGCUCAACCCAUUCAUCGACUGGGAUUCUGGGAUUCAUUCUGGACUACUUAGAGUUGGAGGUCGUCUUGGCAACUCAUCGCUAGGAUUUGACGCUCAGCACCACUCAUUAUGCCAAACGGACAUUUCAUUAGUUUUGCGCUGAUAAGAUAUUAUCACGAAACGAACCUCCAUGCCGGACCUCGCGCCCUGCUAUUUAAAAUAUUGGCACAUUGGAGGUAUUAAUGCAGUGUCAAGGGUCGUCAGCAAGUGUGUGAGAUGCUUCAGGACUAGGCCGCGCAUGGUUGAACACAUCAUGGGAGACCUACCUAAGUAAUGUUUCGAAGGAUCUCGAGAUUUUUAAGUCACUGAUUACUGUGGACCUUUUUUAUACUCAACCGUUAACUGCCGCCCCUUACUCUCGCUUUCGGAAAAUCCUGAUGAUUUAGAUGAUUUGACAACUCUGCUUCUAGUCGGCCCCAUGAGCGAAUUCUCGAGCCUGACCUAACAAAGGUGAACUAAAAUCGUCCGGAUGGCUGGCAGCGGGUCACCCAACUACAACAAAUAUUUUGGAGGCGCAAAGAGAAUCUCACGAUAUGUAUCGCGCGAAGUGGCGUACCUCCGCGCAAAUCAUCUGCAAGAACGAUCUCGUCCUAGUGAAGGACGAAAAUAUUCUUCCGAUGCUUUGGCCACUGGCUGGAGUGGUCGAUGUCGUUAUGGGCAAGGACGGAGUGUGUCGCGUCUCUGACCUGAAGACAUCCUUAGGAAACAUCAGGAUGGCCGUCACUCGGCUAUGUUUGCUGCCCCUUAAGGAAUCUGUUGAGAGACUACCUCCCAACGAGGGAAAGUGAGACGCAUAUGGUUUGCAACCGUUUAUAUUCUGCAGAGCUGCUGCGCUCUCCCGCUAAAGGGGCUCUCUGCCGCCGUCGUCUUUUAGUUCCAUGCUAACCCCUCUUCGCAUCGGUUACGUACCUCUAUCUGGACCUCUCAAGCAAUCGGCUUCAGCUCAGCCACAAAAAUCAAAUAAAUGUUAUAAAGAAUUAAACCAAUUCUCUUAUUUAAUUUGGAAACUAAUAGGUGCCUAAAAAGCUUUGCAUCUCAAACAGAUAAGUAUAUAUAAG